AUGUCGUCGUACCGUCCAAGUCGGUUAGUGAUUUCUUCCUCCUCUUCUGAAGAUGAGGAACCAGAUAGCUUUGAAAUACCGCCUCUGAAAAGUGUCACCAAACGCUUAUCUGACAGUUCAACCCCUUCUUCAGACCAUGAAAUUGUCGAAAGUGAUGUCGAAAGUGAAGACCCUGAUACUUCAAAAACUGAAUCAAUGCGAUCAAUUGCCAGUUCCAAUCCGCCUGAUACGGUUGCUGAACCUUCUGAAUCUUUCUCGCCGAACAUUUCCCGUCAAUCAAGCAUUUAUACUUCCACUCCUAAUUCGAAAAAUAAUUCUGCUGCAUCUUCUCGAAACGUUUCUACUGUUUAUGGUAGCUCGAAAAACUCUACCAGUAACCACGAUCGUUCUCGCAGUUUUAUCGAAUCAAACGAGGACCAACCGGACACACCGAUUACCAAAAAAUUGGCAGAUUCAAAUGACAUGAAAUCGAAACAGCAACUGCGUGAACGGCUUCUUCGUAAAACAUUGAAACCUAAAAAGGACUUUGAGUCGGACGUAUCGCCUCGUGCAAAUGGAUGGGGAGAAAACAAAAUUGAAUCUCCAAACAGCAGCGAGCUGGUGAAUUCGGUUCUUUCACCAAUUGUUAAAAAGGUACCGGCAUACACGAAUUUCGAUCCGGAAGAGUCUAUGGCUAUCGAUUCUCCGGUGACGACUCCAAACCGUUCCACCAUGCGUACCGAUCAAACUUGUGACGGAAACUCGCCGCAAACACCAUUUCCAACUUCCAAUCUUCAAGAUAUGUCACAGUCCGAAACACCACCAACAAAGGGUUCUCCAAAGAAAGAAAGAAUAUCUCCGGUGUCACUAAAGGAGGUUAUUGUUUCACCGGAGAAAGAAUUAGUUGCCGUUUCCCCAAAAAAUGAAACUAUUUCUCCACCGACGGCAUCAGAGUAUGAAGAAAUGUCAAUGAAAGCACUGGAAGGAAAAAGAGAGCAAAUCACUCAACUUUUAAUCUACAAAAAUAACCUUCCUGACAAAGGUGAACGUUUGAUGAAAAAUCUGGAUGGAAUCGGAAAGGAAAUAGAAAGAAGGAAGGCGAACAAUAUAGAAGAUGUUGUUGUGAACGUGGAAGAGAAGAAGGAGAUCAUUCCAACUAAGCCUGCUCCAAAAAAUCUCGUUGACCCGCUCCCGCAGCAAGAUUUUGGCGCUAUGCUCGAUAAAAAUGGUAGGAAAGUCAUGGGUGGAAAGAUGACAGAAGAGAAGAUUCGAAAGGUCAGCAAGAUAUCUGACAAACUUACGCAACAGUUAGCAGACGCCACUCACUCCAUACCAGCGGAAACAGAUUUGACUGAAACUCCAAAAGGUUUACUGAUCGAACUGAUGCCCCACCAAAAAGCUGGAUUGACUUGGAUGCUUUGGAGAGAGCGUCAACCACAACCAGGUGGAAUUUUGGCCGAUGACAUGGGACUUGGAAAAACACUUUCAAUGAUUUCACUUAUCGUUUAUCAAAAAGCUGCUCGUAAAGCUCGAAAAGCAGCAGGCGAAGACGCGACUGACAAAGAAAAACGUCAAGCUGUAAAGGAUGAAGGUCUAUUUCCUUCGAAUGCAACUUUGAUUAUUGCACCAGCCUCGUUAAUCCACCAAUGGGAGGCAGAAAUCGAUAGACGUUUAGAAGAAGAUGAAUUAUCAGUGUUCAUGUUCCAUGGAACCAAAAAGCAGAGAGCAAUCGAACCGAAAAUACUGGCACGUUAUGAUGUGGUUAUUACAACGUACACUCUUGCUGCAAAUGAAUUGAUUGAAAAGAAAAAGGCCGGUGCUAAGGAGGAGUCAGAUUCUGACGUUUCAGACGAUGAAUCGAGACGCCGACGUCGCACUUUCAAAGGCGAUUCUCCUCUCGCCCAAAUUGGAUGGUCUCGUGUCAUUCUUGAUGAAGCACAUGCAAUCAAAAACCGCCUCUCGCAAUGCUCGAAAGCUGUCUGCUGUCUCGCUGCUUUUUCCCGUUGGUGCCUCUCGGGAACUCCGAUUCAUAAUAAUCUCUGGGAUCUCUACAGUUUGGUAAAAUUCCUUCGUAUCCCAUUGUUCAGUGAUCGAAAGUAUUGGGCAGAAUCUAUCAUGCCAAUGAAGACAGUCAUGGCAGAUCGAGUCAAUUUGCUUUCAAAGAACUUGUUACUCCGUCGAACGAAAGAUCAAACGUGUUCUGUGACGAAUAAGAAAAUUGUGAAUUUGGAACCAAAAACAGUAAAAGUUCAUGAAUUAGAAAUGACUGGUGAUGAAGCUAACGGAUAUUCUAUUAUGAUGGAAGGAGCUCAAAAAUUGGUCAAACAAAUCGUUGCUAAUGCGGAUGAUGUGAACAUGUAUGGAUUUGUUAGAAGACGACGACAGCGUGGAGCUGCUGAAAAUGAAAUGCUCAAUCCGUAUAACUUCGGACCUCGAAAUCUGGCCACAAACUCAAAGUUUCAAAAUAUGUCGUGCAUUCUCCUUCUUCUCAUGCGUCUUCGCCAAGCAUGUGUUCACUUUUCUAUCACUAAGUCUGGAAUGGAUUUAGAUGCUUUCCAAAUUAAUGGUGGUGAUGACGAUGUAGACAUGAACGAGCUUGAAGAUUUGAUGGAGAAAACGAUGGCUGAAUUGACUUUAGAUGAUGGAAGUGAUGAAGACGGAUCGCAAAAACAAGAAAUGAUACCCAAAAAAGAAUCACCGACUGUCAUUUUUGAGCCUCAUUACAUUAGUUGCAAAAUGCAUAAGACUCUUGAAAUUGUGAGAGAUAUUUUGGAUCGAAAAGAAAAAGUAGUUAUUGUCUCACAAUGGACAUCUGUUCUUAAUCUUGUCGAAAAGCAUAUUCAAAACGGGGGGCACAAUUACACCUCUAUUACUGGUCAAGUUCUGGUUAAAGAUCGUCAAGAACGUGUUGACAGUUUCAAUCAAGAAAAGGGAGGUGCUCAGGUUAUGCUUCUCUCAUUGACUGCUGGUGGUGUUGGACUCAAUUUAGUCGGAGGAAAUCAUUUGAUUAUGAUCGAUUUGCAUUGGAAUCCUGCAUUAGAGCAACAAGCAUGUGAUCGCAUUUAUCGAAUGGGCCAAAAGAAACCGGUUCAUAUUCAUAGAUUGGUCGUCAAAGGGACAAUCGAACAACGUGUCAUGGAUCUUCAGGAGAAAAAACUUGCUUUGGCUGCUUCUGUUUUGGAUGGCACCGCCACUCGCAAAAUGAACAAACUCACUACGGCUGACAUUCGUAUGCUCUUCGGUCUUGAUGACGCCACAAGUUCACGAAAAUAG